AUGCGCUUUUCCUCAAUCUUUGUCCCCGUUGCGACCCUUGCGGGCCUCAUCACCCAGGUCUCGGCCCAGCUUGCGCCCAUCCAGGCUGCCCUGGUGGUCAUUGAAGACAGCGUUGACGCCUACGGCGCCGCGUUCACCGCUGGCACGGCGGCCGGCAUCCAGUCAGCCGACGAUAACCUCCUGGCAUCUAUCAACGCGGCCAUCCCCGUCGUCAACGCGAGCCCCAACCUCAGCCUCUUCGACGCCAUCAGCCUCGCCACAUCCAUUCGCUCCGUCCAGACCGCUGUCGAUGCUGCCUUUGACAUUGCCACAGCCCAGAAGCCCGCCGUCGACGCCCUCGGCAUCACGGCCGACGUUCUUGCCGGCAUUCAGGCCCAGCGUGCUGCUGUCGCGACCCUCGGCGCCGCUCUCGUCUCCAAGGUCCCAAGCAUCGUCCAGGGCACUGCCCAAGUCUACGUCAACGACAUCCUAGCCAUUCUCGAUAACGCUAUUGCCAUCUACUCUGCCUAA